AUGCUCAGGGCAGUCCUCACCAGAAGAACAGCAGGCCAGAUACGUGCAAUUCAUAAUUCAUCGAUUUAUUAUGCAGCAUCGGUGUUUAAAAUGCCAGCAAUGUCUCCAACCAUGAGUGAAGGUGGUAUUGUUUCUUGGAAAGUAAAACCAGGAGACACUUUCAGUGCUGGAGAUCCUAUUUUGGAAGUGGAAACAGAUAAGGCCACUAUUGAUGUCGAAGCAGCCGAUGAUGGGAAGUUAUGGGAGAUUUUAGUGAAUGAAGGUACCUCCGGAGUACCAGUUGGUAAACCAAUUGCCUUUUUAGCAGAACAAGAUGAUGAUUUAAGCACUUUGGAGAAACCAAGCAUAGAAGACGUCAAAAAAGAAACUCAAGCACCUGCCUCACAAGAGAAAAAGCCAGAUGAAAAGACUACAAAGAAAGAAGUUCAACAAACAGGUCCUCGUGAUCUUUCUACUGAUUCAAGUGUACUUCAAAAAGCCAAUCCAACUCAAAAGUUGUCUCCAGCCGUCGAAUUGUUGUUACAUGAAAAUAAUAUUUCGAACGAAGAUGCUUUUAUAAAAAUUCAAGCUUCUGGUCCAAAUGGGAGAAUAUUGAAAGGUGACGUUUUAGCAUAUCUUGGAAAGAUUGAUACAGGUGUGGUUGUUGAAUUAACCGAGUUUUUAAAAUCAAGGGAACAUUUGGAUUUAUCCAACAUAGUGCUUGCCGAGCCAUCGAAGGUAGAAGAAUCAGCUGAAACCAAGCCCCAAAAAGAAGACAAGGCAAAAGUCGAAAAACCAAAACCAAAAAAUAUUCUUACAGUUGAAUUAACCUCAAACUUGGGGGAAGACAUUUCCCAAUCCAAAUUUAAGUUUGCUUUUGAAAAAUCCAUUUCUGCAGCCAUCAGACACACAUAUGCCUCCAAAUUCCCACAAUUUGCUCAGUCUCCAACAGCAUCCUCAAUUUACGACAAAUAUGACGUGUUUGAUGAAAUACUUUCUGCACCGGUAACAAAAAACAGAUUUGAAGUUUUUGAUAUCAAGUAUAAAUUCUACGGUGAGCAAUCUUCCAAAAACAAGGUUUCAGCAGACAGUUUUGACGAAAUCUUGGGUUUGCUGACUCCUGUUCAAUAUUUGGAGACUGGGUCUUCCAAUGUCAAUGUUCUGUUUAAAAUCAAAUUUGAUGAUAAAUUGCAAGAUUCCAAAUCUUUUGUUGAGAAUUUUGAAAACUCAUUACUUUCACAAAUCCCUGCCAACAAGUUAAAGAUCACAAACUGA